AUGGGCCCUUUCUUUCCAGCGAUCUGUGUUGUCCUUCUUGCUCUGAACGCUGUCACAGUGUCACCGGCGUCCGUCAGUCCCGAGGAUUAUCCCGCGGACGAGGCCGAGCGGACUGUAAACGACAACAUCAUUUUUGACGAUUACCGGGGUAAAGGCUGUGUGGAUGACAGCGGUUUUGUGUACAAACUUGGGGAACGGUUCUUCCCGGGACAUUCAAACUGCCCGUGCGUAUGCACUGAGGACGGACCCGUUUGUGACCAGCCGGAGUGCCCCAAAAUACAUCCGAAGUGCACAAAGGUGGAGCACAAUGGAUGCUGCCCCGAAUGCAAAGAGGUCAAAAACUUUUGUGAAUACCGGGGGAAAACCUACAAAAUCUUGGAAGAAUUCAAGCCGUCCCCCUGUGAAUGGUGUCGCUGUGAACCAAAUAACGAAGUGCACUGUGUGGUGUCGGACUGUGCCGUCCCAGAGUGUGUCAACCCCGUGUACGAGCCUGAGCAGUGUUGCCCCAUCUGUAAAAAUGGUCCAAAUUGUUUUGCCGGAACGACGAUCAUCCCAGCCGGCAUUGAAGUGAAGGUGGACGACUGCACCAUCUGCCGCUGCUUCAACGGAGACUGGUGGAAGCCUGCACAGUGCUUGAGGCGGGAGUGCCUCAACGGCCAGACGUUGUCAUAGAAACCCCGCCGGGGAUCGGUGACGGUGACAUGCCGGGUAGCGCCCUGCCACGCCAAACCUGAUGCCUAUCUUGGAGGAUUGACAGUACAGGAGCACAAUUCCUAGGCCACCUGAGACUGCAUAGCUCGUCAAGACGCUGUCGUU